UCUGCCCGGGCAGGGACACCUCCCGCUACACCCGGGUGCCCCAAAAACCCUUCCAGCCCGGCUUUGAACACUUCCCGGGGAGCAGCCUCACAUUUUCUGAGCGACCUGUGCCAGACCCUCACCACUCUCCCAGGGAAGAAUUUCCUUCCAAUAUUCAGCCUGAAUUUUUCCUCUUUCAGUUCGAACCCACUCCCCCUUAUCCUGUCUCUACAGUUCUGCCAAAGAGUCCCUUCCCGGCUUCUGAAGCCCCUUCAGAUCCUGGAAGGUGCUGUGAGCUCUCCACACAACCUUCUCCAGGCUGAACAUCCCCAUCUCCCUCAGCCUUUCCCCAUGGGGAAGGCGUUUCCCGCCCUUUUCUCUCCCCCUGGAGCCCUUCUGGGCUCUGCUGGGUUGCCCCAUGCCCACGGGCUGCUCCCCACAAUGUCCCCCAGGUUGGAUCAGGCCCCCCAGUGAGUGAGGCAGGCCCUGUGGUGGGUCCCUCCUCAGCCCUGGGACCCCUUUGGCAGUGGGGUCCCCCCUGACUGGUGGGUCCCCCCCAUAGCCAUGGGGCUCAGAGGGGGACACUGACCAAAAGGAACCCCCUGAGCCUCCCCCAGACCAGCCUCUGUGGGGUGACACCAAAAAAAAACCCAAAAAAAGACUGAAGCUCUUCCUACCUCAGCCCUGCAGCAUCGUCCGCAGGGAGAUGUGGGAUGGUUGUUUACAGGGAGGGCUGAAGUGGUUGUUUCCAGCUCAACCGUGGAUCUACCAGCAAGUUCCAGCUUCUUCCUGGGAGCUAUGGCAACAGCAGACGUCUGAACAUCAGGUGAAAUCUCAGCAACAGCCAAAGAAGACUGGAGUAGUACCAAGAAAUAUCUGGAAACAUGAAAAAAAAAAAAUUGUUUUUCUAGUGAUGUGCUUUCUCUGGGCAGUACGUAUGUGUGCCACUAGAUGUCCUGGCAGCAUCAGCCCUUGCACCACACGGAGCUACAACCCAGGUUGCAAAAAACCCCACGGACCUACAAACAUCGCAUGAUUUAUUCUAAAAAAUCUCCGGGUAGCAGCCAAGCAUCAGUGGAAGAAGUGCAUUAAUCUAGGAGAGAUAAUGCUUCUUGUAGCAGCUGGUCAAUUUUUAUCUUCUCACAUCAAAAGCAUCUCCACCAUGUAUGAACAGAAGCCUUUUACCUCAGGACCAGUUUGACAACUUAGAAAAACACACGCAGUGGGGUAUUGAUGUUCUGGAAAAGUACAUCAAGUUUGUAAAAGAAAGAACAGAGAUUGAACUCAGCUAUGCAAAGCAGCUUAGGAAUCUUUCAAAGAAAUACCAACCCAAGAAGAACUCCAAGGAGGAGGAAGAAUACAGGCUUUGCUGGCCAAAAUUUUGCUUGCUUAGACAGGAUUUUGCCAGGUACACAUCAACUAGAGCCUUCCUAGCCACUUUAAAUGAAAUGAAUGACUAUGCUGGACAGCACGAGGUCAUUUCAGAGAACAUGACCUCUCUGAUCACUGCAGAGUUAACACGCUACGUGCAGGAGCUGAAACAGGAGAGGAAAUCGCACUUCCAUGAUGGCAGAAAGGCACAACAACACAUUGAAACUUGCUGGAAACAACUUGAAGCAAGUAAAAGGCGGUUUGAGCGUGAUUGCAAAGAAGCUGAUCGAGCACAGCAAUAUUUUGAGAAGAUGGAUGCUGACAUCAACGUGACAAAAGCAGAUGUUGAAAAGGCAAGACAGCAAGCCCAGCUGAGACAUCAGAUGGCAGAAGACAGCAAAGCUGAAUAUUCUUCCACCCUACAGAAGUUCAACAGUGAGCAGCAUGAGCAUUACUACACACACAUACCAAACAUCUUCCAGAAAAUACAAGAGAUGGAGGAAAGAAGAAUCGUGAGGAUAGGUGAAUCCAUGAAAACCUUUGCAGAAGUCGACCGCCAAGUGAUCCCUAUCAUUGGGAAGUGCCUGGAUGAGAUAACAAAAGCUGCAGAAUCAGUGGAUCACAAGAAUGAUUCCCAGAUGGUAAUAGAAGCCUUUAAAUCAGGGUUUGAGCCUCCAGGAGACGUUGACUUUGAGGAUUUCACACAGCCCAUGAAGAGGACAGUGUCUGAAUCCAGCCUUUCCAACUCCAGAGGGGAUGGGAAGUCAGAGCCCAAGUUCGGUAGCAAAUCCAAGGGCAAGUUAUGGCCAUUCAUCAAGAAAAAUAAGCUUAUGUCCCUUUUAACAUCCCCCCAUCAGCCCCCUCCUCCUCCCCCUGCCUCUGCCUCACCCUCUGCUGUUCCCAACGGCCCCCAGUCUCCCAAGCAGCAAAAGGAACCCCUCUCCCAUCGCUUCAACGAGUUCAUGACCUCCAAACCCAAAAUCCACUGCUUCAGGAGCCUAAAGCGCGGGCAGACACAGUCUUUGUAUAUUCACAAAGAACUCAUGAAGAGGACUUUAGGGACACCCACGUGUGCCGUUGAGGCUAGGGAAUAUGUUCUUUCUCUCAAGCUGAUAAAUCUGAAUACACAGGUCUGGAGUCUAAUAGAGGGAGCAGGCCCAGAAGAUUUCAGCAAUCUCCCACCUGAGCAAAGAAGAAAGAAGCUGCAGCAAAAGGUCGAUGAACUGAACAGGGACAUUCAGAAAGAGAUGGAUUCAAGAGAUGCCUUAACAAAGAUGAAAGACGUGUACAUCAAGAACCCCCAGAUGGGAGAUGCAGCGAGUGUGGACCACAGAUUGGCAGAGCUUGGGCAGAACAUUGAAAAGCUGCGAUUAGAAGUUCAGAAAUUCGAGGGCUGGCUGGCAGAGGUGGAGGGGCGGCUGCCGGCACGGCCGGAGCAGCCCCGGCGGCAGAGCGGGGUGUACGAGGUGCAGAACCCGUCAGGAGUGAACAGCUGUGCCCAGGACCGUGAGAGCAGCCCCGAUGGCAGUUACACAGAGGAGCAGAGCCAGGAGACUGAGAUGAAAGUACCUGCAACAGACUUUGAUGAUGAGUUUGAUGAUGAAGAACCACUACCCACCAUAGGAACAUGUAAAGCACUCUAUACAUUUGAAGGUCAGAAUGAAGGAACAAUCUCUGUAGCAGAAGGAGAGAUGCUCUAUGUAAUAGAAGAAGACAAAGGCGAUGGGUGGACGCGAAUCCGAAGGAACGAAGAUGAGGAGGGCUAUGUCCCCACGUCCUAUGUUGAAGUCUAUUUGGACAAAAAUGCCAAAGAUGUGCACAAACCACUUCAGAAAAUCUCUGAGUAGGUUUGCAUAGGCCUGUCCACCCUUUAUUCUCCUGGUUUGCUGCUACGGUUGUUUUAAGAGCUCUGUUUGAGAAGGUUUUCUUUAGAAGAGAUGAAUGCACAUGUCAUAUCUCCAUCACUGAAAGACUUUGUUAGGUACCAGCUCGGCUCUGAAAUGCCAAUGAAGGUGCUGCCCCGACCGUGUCCAUUUAGUGCAAACAGCAUUGCUGUCCUUCUGAACAGAAAUGAGAGCUGCAAGCUCUGCUCCUGUUGGGAUUCCUGCAGGAAGCUGUUCUGUGCACACCUGGGUGUAGCAUCUUGCAGGGCUUUUCUGUACCUGUCGGGUGUCUGGCGCUGAGAACUCUCAAACACAGGAAUUAUUUGGGCCUUUCAGCUCAAGCCUGACCAGCCUGUGUUACUGACCAUGGUACCUCAUCAUCUGCUUGGGAACAAAACCCUUUUACUGAGGGAUGUUGUGAAAUCGUGUGACACAAAAAAGCCUGCAUGGAGUAACCAGCUCUGUACAAACCCUGCAUUGCACCCAACAGAAAUGCCACAUUCCCUCCAGCAGUAAGCCUGGAUGUUUGUUUGGGUGACAUGCAGGAAUAGAGGCUGGUUUGGGAGGUUAAACUUGAUGAUAAAAACUAUUUUGGAGCCGUGGGCUGAUGAGCAUUUUGGGUCCUUUGCAGCUGUGGGUCUGUUCCCCCUCACCUCUGAUGAUAUCAAUAAUUCCUUAUGGGCAGCUCUGGCAUUCCCAGUGCUGCAGCUCUGCUGUUUGCUGUAACCAUCAUGCAGAGCCUUGACUUACAUAAAGAAAUAGGUAAAAGUUAACCAUGCUGAUGCACUUUUUAUCUAGGAUAUAUCUGAUUAUUUAAUGCUUGCCAAAUUAUUUAGGAAUUGGUAAUUAUAAACUGGACUGUGGCUUUUUAAAAUCCUUUUGUUAAAUACAUGCCCUUAGUUCUCCCAGUAUAUAUUAAAAAAUGUAUAUAACAUAACUUAAAAACUAAAGUUACUUGAAUUUGAGUUGUUUUUAUCCUUUUAUAUGUGUAUAAAUAUAAAUGGUUCUAUAGGCUGUUCUUCUGCUUAACCCAGCUGUUUUGGUAACUACUCAGUCCCUCUGAUGUUGAUAAGUGUUUUUGGUUACUCAGCUGCCUGCACCUGGACCUGCAUAGGAACUGCUGUUUUGUGUUAAGGUUUGUUCAGUCUGGCCAGUGUGGUUGUCUUGUUUCUAUUCUUAUUUUUUAAAGAAUCAUCAUCUGUCAGGAGUCUCUUUAUAGCUUGAUGUACCAUGGUGUCUUCUUCUAAUAAACAUUAUAUUUUCUCAUU